GCUUACAUGAGUCAUGUAGCUUUUGGACUUUUGAAACUGACGUYCGCAGUUUCAAUCAACCCAUAAUGUUGAAAUUUUACAUUCUAACGGUGUCGUUAUUGGUGGGAUUGACAAGUGGUUUUGAAUUGACCGUCCCAAGCAAUCCAAAUCAAGUAGAUCUUGUGUUCCGUUCUACAAAUACCAAAUCCCGUGGUUUUUAUCACCCCUCUCUAUCACCUUUGCAAGCCAUAACCACGUGUUUCUGGUUCAACACAAGUUCCAGUAACAGGAACCAUGUUCAUAUUCACUAUGAGAAUUACGCCUACCACGUCGCUUCUGAUUCUUCAAGCAGCCAAAAUCGCAUUCACGUUUACAUCAACUCUAAGAACAGAACACUGAAUGUACCAAGUUUGUUGCAUGAUGGUGUUUGGCAUCACUUGUGUACGACAUGGGACGGUUUGACUGGGAAAUUACACGUAUACAUUGACGGCACACUCCAAGCAUCCCACAUGGACCAAGACAUGAAGGGCAGAUUACKUUUAGAAAGUCUUACAAUUACACUUGGGAUCGCAUGGAAUGGUACCUUUGUCAAUAAAGACAAAUUUGAAGGCGACAUGAGCCAAGUCAACAUUUGGAAAUUUGUCCGCGAUUUCAGUGAUAUCGCGAGAAUGUCACUUUCUUGCAACAACAAUGAAGAAGGCAAUCUAUAUGCAUGGAAAACAUUUGUUGGACGAUCAUGGGUGUCCAUGAAUGUAACGAAAAGAAAUUCAACGUGUCCCUUAGCUAAAGGUCGUGACUGCGUUGAUCUACUGCGCAAAGGCCAUAGAAUCACUGGCUUCUAUCUAAUAAAUCCAGAUGGUAAAGGAUAUUUUACCUGUGCUUGCGACCAGCAAACGAAUGGAGGCGGAUGGACUGUCAUACAAAGACGUUUUGAUCAGUCUGUAAACUUYGAUAACAMAGAAMGGCGAAUUUUGGUUUGGUAA